AUGGAGGACAGGCCUAACCGGAGCUCGAGGUGCGUCUUUCCGGCAACCGGUCUUCUGGACGGGCAAACCACUCACAGCAAAGACGCGGGUACGACAGGGACAGCUUAUUAUGCAGUUACUGUCACCAAUUCUACGGAACACACCUGGACGAACUGCCCGCUUCGCGCCUCCAAUGCCACGCGGUUUUCGAACCGUGAACAACAGCAACCACAGCAGCAGGUCAACACGACCGCGGAAGCCACGACACAGGCGUGGCUCACGCACGCGCGCGAGGUAGACCUCACGCUGGAAUCAUUCGACAUUGCCAUAGGCGAUCCCGAGCAGGUGCCGCUUGCGCCUGCUUCGACCAUUGAGGAGGCGUCCGAUGCCAAUGCCGGGCAGGUGCUGGCUGCGCCUGCCACAGCUUCGCUACCGUUGUUGGAGCAUGCUGUCCCAUUGCAGGUGACGAUUGCGCCUGCCACAGCAGAGCAAACCGAGGAGCCUGCUGCCUCCUACGAGCAGGACAAGUUCACCACCAACAUUCAACCAGGUGACUGCGAAGUGUGCGAUAUCUCUAAAAGCAAGAAGGCAAGUCACCCCCCGGUUGGCCGCUCCCGUUCACCGACGCGAAUGAUGCUUGUGCAUCUCGACCUGUGGGGGAAACAUGGUGUGCCAUCGUACAGCGGAUGUCAGCAUAUCGAAAUGUUCACCGACCAUAAGUCUCGCAUGCGGUGGGGCAUUCCCCUGAAGACGAAGGAUGAAGUGACUGACGCGCUCGAAACCCUGAUCAAAGAAGUCGCCGACCCCGAGGGCAUCUGCAUCGGGAAAAUCCAUUGCGAUGGCGCAGCCGACUUCAAGGGUAGGUUCUUAGCAAUGUGUCGGUCCUUCGGGAUCGCCGUGGAGACAAGCCCCCCGUACGUCCCUCAAGGGAAUGCUGUCGCCGAACGCGGUUUCGGGACCGUCAUCGGUGCAGCACGUAGCCUCAUGCUUGGAGCUACGCACCUGCCGCGUCAACUGUGGGCGGAAGCCGUCAAGGCCGCCAUUUACAUCAAGAACCGCACACCUACUGACGUCCUGGACGGCAAAGCGCCACUUGAGGUUUGGGAGGACAAACCACUCGGCAGCUUGAAGCACAUGCAUGAGUGGGGGGCGAAGAAGUCCUACAUGGUGGGAUACAAUACAACCAGCAAGACGUGGCGGCUUUGGGACCCGGCGGAACCACUCAAAAUUACAAACUCUGCUGAAGUGUCAUUCCGCGAGGUAGAUGCCCGCGACGUCGCUCGCCCCAUGCACGGGUCUGACCCAUUUCCCGAACAAGGCCAGGUUUUCCAGCCCGGCAUUUUCACUGGGGCCGAAACAAGAGACGAGGAACCAGAACCGGCAGAACCGAACGACGGACCGGACGAAGGACCGCCCGCGGUGUUCGAAACGGAAUACGCACUGGUGAUCGGAGGCUGGUGGGGCACUCUGCACGAUUUUCUCCUGAACAUCGGAUUUGUUGAGAGCACCGCUGAACCGUGCUUGUACAUCCUGGACGACGGAGAUGUGCUCCUUCUCGUUUAUGUGGAUGACAUUCUGCUGACCGGGGAGGGCGAGAACAAAGUGCUGAGCAUAGUCGAUCAGCUGAAUGAGCGUUUCGAAACGGUGGACCUGGGAGGAGCCAGGUUCCUGCUUGGUAUGGGAAUCAACCGAGACAGAGCCGCAGGGACAAUUCUUUUGGAACAGGAAGCGUAUACCAACGCAGUGUUGGACAAGUUCGGCAUGGCCGACGCGCGUCCGACGACAUCUCCGUCUGAGGCUGGACCGGUGUCCGUCUUGGAGGACGAGGUGUUGUCAGCGGAGGAUACCACAUAUUUCCGCUCCGCCACAGGCUCGCUUCUAUAUCUCAGCAGGUGCACAAGACCCGACAUUACUCACUCCAUGAUGGUCCUGACGCGGAGUAUUGCGAAACCAGGUCCGAGGGCGAUGCAGAAACUCAAAGGCGUACUCAUGUACCUGAAAGGGACGAUAUCAAUCGGUGUACGCAACGGCGAGGAUGCCGAAGAUGGAAACGUCAUUACGGCGUUUGUCGACUCAGAUUUUGCAGGCGACCUAGACAAGGGCUACUCCACCACGGGAGUCGUGCUGUACUUCGCUGGUGGACCGGUGGAAUGGACAUCAUCCAAGCAGACGGUGGUGGCGACCUCUUCCGUUGAAGCAGAGUUCGUGGCUUUGUCAAAGGGGUGCAACAUCAUCAAGUACUUCCGCCACCUGCUGGACACCAUAAAUCAGACUCAGGAAGAAGCAACCGUGGUGUGGGAGGACAACUCGGGAGCUCUGAAAUUAACUCGCAGCUUCCGUAUCACCCCAAGGACUAAGCACAUUGACGUAAAGUUUCACCACGUAAGGUCGCUGGUAACUGAUGGAGUCGUAGACGUGAAGCAAAUAUCGACGUCGCUUCAGAAAGCGGAUAUUUUUACGAAAUGGCUAAACCCGUCGGAGUUUCUCCGCGCCCGUGGCAUGCUGUUAGGAGUUUGA